UGGGGUGCUCUGCAAGGAACCAGGUCCCUUGUCCCCAGGUCCUCUCCUCCUGUACCCAGGACAUGGCAGGCCCCGUGAGCAUCGCAGCUGGAUUCCUGCUCCUGGUCCUGUGUGCCCACCACCUUGCCCCCAUGGACUCUGUGACCAUUCCCAUUUCCUGCUGCAUGACCUUUGUUUCCAAGAAAAUUCCCGAGAGCAGAGUGGCCGGCUACCGACUGUCGAACGGGAGCAUCUGCCCCAAGGCAGGAGUGAUCUUCACCACCAAGAAGGGCCUGAAGUUCUGUGGAGACCCCAAGCAGCAGUGGGUCCAGAAGUACAUGAAGAACUUGGAUGCCAAGCAGAAGCAAGCUUCCAUGCGGGCCAGGGCAGUGGGCGUCAAGGUCCCUGCCCAGAAACGCCCUGGCAACAGCACCACCACCUAACUGCUGCCCAGCCUCCGGCCCUGAGCUUGGGGCUGGGCUCCUUGCCAGGCUGCUUGGGGCCUGGGGCAGCUGGCAGUGAUGGGGGGAGAGCUGAUUUUCCUGUUUCUGAAUGACACUCUCCAGGGUUCUGUCUAUUCUAUGAAAAACCCAAGGGAGCAGCAAGUCAGGGCCCUGAGGGCUGAGCGACGGCCCCAAGCAUGCAGAGCCCCUCGCCUUCCCUGAGCUGGGGGAGAAGGUCCCUGGGUGAGAAGGAGGGUGGCGGCGGCCCUUUGCCCCUCUCCUCCCAACCUGGACCUGGCUCUUCUCUGACUUCCAGGCCCUCAGAGCCCAGGCACACGAGAUCCAAGCGCCCACGGGCACAGGCACACAUUGCCCACACCACCGCCUGCAGCUGGCUUCCAAGGGCCCUCUGGGCUUGUGGCCUAAGGACCAUCUGACUGUCUCUGUCUGGGGGUGGGGGACCUGCCAACAGCUGCAGCUCUCCAGCAUGUCAGGGAUGCUCCAGGCCGGUCCCAUUUCCCGCACCAAAGAGUGAACAAAAACCCAACAGAGAAAGGGGCCCCUUUGCUGCAUUCACUGCUGGGUCCCGGCCCUCCUUGCUCACUUCUCAUGGGUUGUCAUUAAUCAAGUUUUCAGGAACUCAUGGGUUUUUGCAAAGAAAUGAACAUGGAGGAUCAGGGUGAAACCAUGCAGCCUGGUAGUUUCACCUUUGUCAAGACAUGACUUUGAGGAGACGUUCUGCUUUGCGACACAGCUUGCUCCUGCUGCUUUGGGGACAAAGACAUGCUCUGCCUUUGAAGCUGGGCCUUCCCCACAUUUUGGUGAGGGGAACAUGGGGUGGGGACUAAGGGGGGAGACAGACCUCAGCUUUUUUUAUUUCUAUGCAUGAGAUACUGUGUGAUUUGUUUUUCAAGAGUGUAGACACAAACACUGCUUUCAAAUAACAGUCCAAAGUAAACUGAGAUUUCUCCUUUGGA